AUGCCUCAUCACAGCCUCCACCACCUGAACUGGGUGCUGCCCGUUCGCAUCGUCCAGGCCGUCUUUGCAAUCAUCGUCCUCGGUCUGACAGCAUACGUCAUCAACGUCGAGCUAGAAUGGUCCUGGUACUCCUCCGACACCGUCAACUUCGACCUCUUCAACGCCGUCUGGACCCUCGUCGUCGCCCUCCCAUACUUGUCGCUGGUGCCCAUCUUCUUCGCAAACCUGUCGCACCAUUAUGCUGUACUGGCAAUUGAGAUUGUGACCAUGAUUUUCUGGUUUGCCGGUUUCAUUGCGUUGGGUGCGUUGUUGCCGCCGCCCAGAGCGUGUCAUUACAGUGUCUGCAGUUCGUUGCAGGCUGCUACUGUGUUUGCGGCUUUUGAAUGGCUGCUGUUUGCGAUUACUACUGCAUUCACCAUCCGUCUUGCUCUCCAAUCGAGAAAUGAUACCGCCGCGGUCCACGCAAAGACCUCUGGCGUCCAGGCUCAUGCUGAAGUCUAA